GCGAGCCUGAGCUUCUGGAGCACAUUUCAGCCAUUAUGAAAACAGUGUCAUGAUGUAUGUGCUGUUCCCAAAGGUUUUGCUUUGUUUUUCGGAUUGGUGCACCCAGGCAGGCAAAGCCGGCUAUUUCUGCACAUCCCAGCCAGUUACUAUGGCAACCCCACUGCCCACGGCGCUGCAGCAUCCCAAGCGAAGGGUGGUUGGUGUUUUUUUUUGGGGGCCUCCGCUGUAUAAAUAGGACAUGCUUGCUGUUCUGGCCUUUUCUUUGCACCUUGCCACAACUGGGGGAAAUCUUGGCAACCCUCAAGUCCUUCUUCAAGUCCAGAGAAUCCCCACUGAUUUUAAUGAGUUUUCCAAAUGGGAGUGGUGUGGUUUUGGAUUCAAAUUCUGCGAGGCCAGGGUUUGAAUCCCUGCGAGGCCAGGGUUUGGACCUCCAUGCAAAGCUCCUCGGAAGAAUUCUUGCCCACUUGAACAACACUAUUGCUUUGAAAGGCUAGGGGUCGAUGAAGUUGGACUCCAACUCCCAGUGUCCCUUGCUCUCAGGUCUGCAAGCUGCAUCUAGACCACCGGGAGCCAAACUUUGGGACUCCAAUUCCCAGUGUGCCCAAUGGUCAGGGACUCUGGGAAGUGAAAUCCAAAACAUCUGGAAGGGCAAAUGUGGGGCUUUUUCGGUUGGGGCUCCUGUGUCUGUGUAGAGCCUUUGUCCAUCCCUCUCCAGGCCACAAAAGUCCAAAUAAGGGUUCCUUUAAGGUGCUGGAGCCAAGCCUAGAAGAAAGGGAGCAACUUCUUAUUCGGGAGUCUUGAAUCUCCCCCAGCUGUGCAAACUCUGGACUCUUCCGGAGCCCAAAAGGUUAACUUGUCUGGCCAACUUCCUGCCAAGGGAAGGCGGUUAGACCAGACCGGUCAGUGGCCAACCCUUUUCCUGGAGGAGGAGGAGGAGUUUGCGCCUGCCCUUCCACGUCUUCCAUCCUCAAUGUCUCCUGCCACCUGGGACUGAAGCAGCUUUGUGUCCUGAGCAGCUGGCAUUCUCUGCCUAUACUAUUGACCCCGAUGGCUGCGGAGAUGGCCCACUUGAUGCGAUGCCUGAGGCAGAUCCAUCAGGUCAUCGGGAAGGCCAAUGAAAUCCUGGCUGGGAUCAGCCAACCUUCUGUGUGCAGUGAGGUGCUGGGGUCGACCCCUGGGAUGGCAUAUAUUUUGGGGCUGUCAGAGGUCUACCGGGUCUCCAAGCGCCUGGAAAGUGGAGCCAAGGCCCGGGCGCUUGUGGGUGAACGGCUGGAGCAGACCUUGCGUGAAGUGGACUUGGCCUGGAACAACCUCUUGGCCUUUGUUGCCUAUGGGGGUUCUGCCUUCCAAACGCUGGAUGGCCAGCUUUUGGAGCCAUCGGUCGGAAGUCCCCCUCCUUGCUCUCCUCCAGACCCCAAAGUCCUCUGCGGUGUUUGUCUAACUGAGGUGAAGCAGCAGCCACAGCUCCAUUCGGGCAAUGCUGAUCCAGUGAGCUACCAGGGCAGCUGUUUUCAUGCCGGCUGUGCCAACUUCUGGCUCAACUGUGUGGAUGCCACUCUGCCGUCCCUCUUCUCCUCGGAGUCCUCCAGCGCAACACAAUCGUCUCUUUGGCCGGAUGGUGACAGCCCUCCAGAUGUUUUGCGGAGCUCCAGAAGUUGAUGAACUCUGUGUGUGUGUGUGUGUAUAAAGAAAAGGCUUUUGAUAUGA